AUGUCCCUUAUUGUUCUGACGGCCCUAUUAGCCGUUGCCACCGCUCAGCCUUGCCCUGGUUGUGGACCAGCUUUCUUUGCACCACCGCCCUGCUUCAGUCCACCAUGUGCUCCUCCACCGCCUCCACCACAGGUGGUCUUCAUGCAAGCACCAGCACCUCCUCCAUGCGUUGGUAUUGCUUGUGCUCCUCCUCCACCACCACCUCCACCACAGGUCAUCUAUGCACCACCGCCACCUCCUCCAUGUGUUGGUGUAGCUUGUGCUCCACCACCUCCAUGUAUUGGUGUAGCCUGUGCACCACCACCACCACCUCCGCCACAGGUAUUCUUCGCGGCUGCACCGCCACCACCGCCCCCACGGAUCAUGUUCCAAGCCCCACCACCGUGCAUGGCUCCUCCUUGCGCACCACCACCACCACCCCCUGCCUUCUUCAACCCACCAUGCUUCGGUUGCGGUAUGGCACCACCUCCACCACCUCGUUGCGGUAUGGCACCACCUCCACCACCUCCGAUGUUCGGCUCAAUCUCUUGCUGCUCCAUGACAGAUUACUCCUGCUGCGGCCGACUUUUCCGUAAGAGGCAGGCUGAGCAACCUGAAGAGGUGCCAGAGGAGACUAAAGAGACUGAAGAAACUGAGGAAAAGAAGAGAGUGCCAGAGGAGACUGAAGGGCCUGAAGAAACUGAGGAAAAGAAGAGAAACUAG